AUGUGCGUCCCCGACAGUCUGAUGCUGUCAGCCCUGCUGUCUUGCCUCGCCCUAUGUCGAAGUGUCGGGCCAGUGGUGCCUGACAGUCUGAGGCUGCGAGGAGGAACUGGUAUCGACGCCCCUCCGUCCUCAGCCUGCAUCAAGGUCUACUCGGAGAACGCGCAGGGCUACGACACCUGGUUCGAGGAGGCGUACUUUCCCGGCAUCAUCGGCGCCGAGUUUACGUCAGUGGAGAGGGCGAUGGAGUCUUUCUUUCCUGAGAGGUCACCUCUGAGGGUGCUGGAGGUUGGGAUGGGGACAGGGAGGUUCUGCCUGCACCUCAAGAAACGCUUCCCCGAGCACGAGAUGCUGGGCGUUGAGCCGGCGGAGGGGAUGAGGAAGCUUUGCCUCGAGAACUUCAAGAAGCACAACCAGACUGUGCAGCUGCUGGAGUGCGCUGCAGAGGACCUGGAUGGCUGCAGCCAGCAGGUCGGGGAGAAGGUAGACUGCGCCUUGUUCGUAACAGUGUUCGGCUUCCUGAAGGACCAUGACAAGGCCGUGAGGAACGUGCAUGCGGUGCUAUCGCCAACAGGGUGCGUACUGGUUGCUUUCAUAGACAAGACGACAGCAUGGGGCAAGGACUACUUCCUGAUGACCAAGGAGGACAAGUUCUACACCGACGGCACAUGUGUAGUUCAUCUGGCAGAGGUGGUGGAGGUGUUCCAGAGGAACGGCUUUGACCUUGUGGAGGAUGCUUGCUACCAGACCCUGAUGAAUUACAACGAGACGAAGUUGGACCUGGACUUCGUCGAGGACGAGGAGGAGGCCCUUAAGGUUGAGAGAGGAUACGGGGAUGGCAUGUGGUCUGUCCUAUGCUUCCGCCCGAGAUCGUAG